AUGUCCCCGGCCUGGCUGCAUUGCAUUAUCAAACUGGGCGGCAAGGAUAUGCCCCCCAAGCUGGCCAUCUGGCUCGAGAUGACCAAGUGGUUUGACUUGAACUACUACUGCGUUGUGCUGGAGGUUGGCUUGGAGACAAACUUCAGACUUGUGUCGGAUUGCAUCAUCUCUAAGUUUGAGGAGGGCAAGGCGGGGGGUUACCUUGCAAGGCUGGUCAUCGUCGGCUCCGUCACGUUCCUCGACUCAAUAGCCCCGCUGGCGCCGAAGUCGAGCAUCAAGCUUUCCCUCAACCUUGACGGCACCGCCGCGCUGAGAUCCACACCUUGGUGCCGUUAUACAAUCACCUGCUCACGGCGCUCGCACAAGGGACUCGCUCACCGAUCUGACCUUGAGAUCGACAUGCACUACAUGGUUGAAAACGUGGCCAUCGUGCUCGGCCAGGGGAUUCGGCAGGCUUUGGGCGAACGGUCUGAAAUCUCCCGCUUCGGCGACGCGCUCGUGCAGGCCGCCGGUGCCCGCCUGGUCGUGGAGCUCUUUGCCACACCAAAGGCGCUCAAGCAGUACCACAAUCUUAUCACCUCGCAGGGCUUUGUCGCCAUGUACCGUCAGUUCCCGACCCUGGUCAAGGACGUCUUCGGCACCAAGCCGAGUCUCAUUGCCAUCCUAGAAGAGGUCAUGCUCUCCUCGACCGGGUCAAUCUCCCAUCUCCCCAUCACGGUAGAAGCGACGCCAACAGAUGUGCGCGCCCGCGCCUUGGCUGUUAGGCUGCAGGUGCUUGCUGCCAACGUCAAAGGCAAGGACCUCCUAGUUGCCUAUAACUUGGCCUGUCUAGGCAAGCCAAUGGCGUGGCUGUUCGGCAACGAGGUGCGUAGGCUCGACAACGACAACCUCGCGAUUGCCGGCGCCGCCAUCACCAUGUCGGUCUAUGGCAGCGCCGAAUCCAUGAACCUUGCCAUAGCGGCAUCCAACUGCCUAUACAAGAGCGCCUUCGCCCAGCGCAGCUAG